CCAGCUAGUUUAUCCAGCCCAAUCCAGUCAGGCAAAUCAACAUGACACAGUCUUCUCCAAAGCCUCGCAGUCAUUCUUCUCCUACUGGAGCCACAAACAACGGCGAUGUUGAAACAACGGCAUCCCCGCCUGGGAAUCCUGAUUCUCCCACCCGCAAUCUAGACGAGACCACAGCUAGCGCGGAAAACGUAGCCGCAGCGUUAGAGACACCAUCUCCAUCUCGAAAUAUCACCCCUUUCACCGGCCGAAUCUCCAUCUCGAAAUCUCAUACCGCUCACCGGCUGGUCGGAGGAGACGGUUGCUGACCCGUAAGCUGCAGCCUGAGGCUCAGAAACCUCGACCUACGUAAAGCAUUUGUCGAGAUAUUAGGUUACAAAUGGAGGCCCAUGAGAUAAGAGAUGGAAUGUCAAACCUGGAGACGAGUGGCG